UUGAUCAAAAAAGAAGAGGAAGAGAAGAACAAUGAACUACUAUAAAUUUAGAGAAGAAAUUGUAAGGUUAAAGAGAUUGAACGUUAUUUAUUACUAAUAGAAAAUUAAUAUGAGUAUAAAUAAUUUGAUCUUCACUUUCUCCAGAUUAACUUGUAAAAUUCCAACUGUAGCUAGAACUAUAAGUACAAAUAGCCAAUUACUUUUUAAAUGUACCCCAAUUCUACUCGCUGAACCAUUAAAAAAGAAAAAAAAAUUGGAUCCUGCAAUUAUAAAGGCUAGAGAGGAGAGAAAAAAAAGAAAAAUAGAGAAACAAAUUCGGAGGUUGGAAAAGAAUGCCAGACAAUUGAAACCAAUAGAAGAAUGUGAAGUACCUUUGGAAAUUUUAGAUACUUUGAGUACAAGAAAAAGAUAUCUUGCACCCCCUUCCCCUGAAAUAUUAGAAAAGAGAGCACUGUUAUUGAAAAAAUGGUGCCACUAUAAGAGGGAACAACACUUGGCCGACAUGCAAAUGUUGGAUAGGAUAGCAUAUAGCCAACAAAAAGCUUUGGAUGAACUUAGGAAGGAAUCUGAGGAACUUUACCAGGAAGCUGUACAAUCUGAUUUUCAACUGCUACCUUUUGUUUGCCAAGGUCCUGUAGAAACGCCCCCAAUAAAACAUUACAACAGUCCAGAUGGAGAUUAUCAAGAUGUUUCAAAGAAAUGGUAGAUAUUUGGUGAAAAUAUUACUGUACGGAAAAUAAUUCAGAAUCAAAGUAAAAAUCUUUUACCUUUUCACUACGAUAGAUGUUGUCAAUUUAUGUAAAAUAUAUAAUUGGAUAAUUA